CGCUGAGAGAGGGUUCAAAAACCGCGAUCAAAUAAACUCGGGGCGGGAUUCCGGUUUUCUCACCGAGUAGUCAAUGACUGGAGAGCCCUACCCGAAUAAGUGGUAUCAACUCCAUCAGUGAAAACUUAGAAACAAGCUGCAAGCAUUAUCACAGGUCGAGCGACCUUAUACCAUGGUUGUGCGCAUAAACAUAAUUUUUGUGCCAAAACAGUUUGAUCUAUAAAUUUUGAGCUUUUUAUCUGAAGGAAACGUGAGCUUAUUUUACUUUUUCUGUGUCAGGGAAAUUCAUUCUGAAGGCCGAAUUCAAUCAAUGUCAAGUAGUGGUAACUGGUGUUUAAUAGAAAGCGAUCCUGGAGUAUUCACUGAACUUAUUAGAGGUUUCGGUGUAGAAAGUUUGGAAUGCGAAGAAGUUUAUGAUCUGACAGAAACAAGCAACGUGUCUGACGCACUUGGGUUUAUUUUCCUAUUUAACUACGAUGACAAACAAGAUAAUGUUGGAAAAGUGGUAACUGACGCAAAUAACAGGGGCAUAUUUUUUGCGAAACAAACAAUUUCAAAUGCUUGUGCGACUCAAGCAAUUAUUAAUAUCUUGCUAAAUAUUGAUGACAAAGUGCCCAUUGGUCCAACGUUGUCUGAUUUCAAGUCUUUUGUGUCAGACUUCGACAGUACAAUGAAGGGUACUGCUAUAAGCAAUUCUGACCAAAUUAGAGUCGUACAUAACAGCUUUAGCAAUUAUCAGUUAUUCGAGUUUGAUGAGAAGACCCCUAAGUCAAAUGAAGACGUUUACCAUUUUGUUGGUUAUGUUCCUAUUAAUGGUACUUUGUACGAAUUAGAUGGCUUAAAACCCGGCCCUGUUGAUCACGGAAAACUACCUGAAAAUUCAUCUUGGAUAGAUUCGGCUCGUCCGUUGCUAAUGAAGCGUAUGGAGAAAUGUGUAGACGGAAAGUUCAAUAUAAUGGCAGUAGUCCCUAAUCGACUUGCUAUGUACGAAAAACAGUUGGCACAAUAUAAAAAGGACUCAAGUGAUGUAAGUCUGUACAUUUUACGUUUCAGUGGGUACCAUUUGCUUGACGAUUUUCUUGUCACUUGACGAAGCUAUAGUCUUGAAAACUGCAAACGUGAACUCAAACUGAAGAGUUAUCCUGAGAACAUCGCUUCCUUACUUGACAGGAUUUUCAAAGAACUCUACCAUACCCAGAAUCUGUCUACAUAACAGAACUAAUGAACAAUAUCGCCAGUGAAAAGAAGAAAAUUGCAGCGUAUCGCGCAGAAAAUAUUCGUCGUCGACACAACUAUUUGCCACUUAUCGUGGAGCUUCUCAAGAUGCUGGGUGAAAACGGCCAACUGACUAGUCUGGUUGAAAAAGCUCAAAAGGUUGCUCAAGAACGAAGUGCUCUACACCCAUCAAAUGCUGCGAAGAAAGUGAAAUUUGUCUAAAAGAAUAUAUUCUGUAUGUACAUCUUUUUCAGAAAAUUUUUAUGUAGGUGCCAAACGAUUUUCGUUGUCAGAUGUAUAUAAAAUUUCCAUUUGUGCAGGUAUUUGUAUUAUUUUCUUAUUAAUGACCUCCUUGAUGUAAAGAGCUAUGAGAAGUGUGAGGGUCAUGAGGAAAAUCCCUAGCGCAACACUGAAUCCAUCAACCGUUGGGGAUGCACCGCGAUACCAGCGCAAGAACCUUUCAGAAUGUUCGCGACUACGCAUCCAGGCCGGGGCUUUGAGUUUCUCGUUUUCCAUCAUCAAAAAUUGUGAUGUUAUGUCCAUGCGUGUGAAGUAACAUUGUUCAGAGCCGUUGAAAUCUGUUUUUUUUUGUACAAAAAGAAGAGAGUGGGAUUACUGAAAGGGAACACCUGUAACUGUUUGAGCAAUCAGAAUGCAUAUCCAAAAUAUGCGCGACAGGCAUUCUUUGUACCAGUUAUGUUUAUGGAAAUUGAUGAGAUGAGCCAAGUGUAAACAUGAAUAUAUCUAGCGUUUAAUA